CGCUAAAAGGCGUCCAGAGAAAGGGGAGAAACGGCAGCAGUGGACACUGAGAUUAAACCAUAGCUCCCGAACAUGGCAGAAGGAGUGUGUAAAACCGAGGAGGAUGAAGGACCGAGUCCCGAGGAGAAUUCAGAGUCUUUCCACGGGGUCGGUGUGUGUAAAUGGUUCAACGUCCGCAUGGGUUUCGGGUUCCUGUCCAUGACCAGCCGGGAGGGAGAGCCGCUGGACGAGCCGGUGGAUGUGUUCGUCCAUCAGAGUAAGUUGCACAUGGAAGGCUUCCGCAGCCUGAAGGAGGGCGAGGCGGUCGAGUUUACCUUCAAAAAGUCAUCCAAAGGUCUGGAGUCACAGAGAGUGACCGGACCAGGUGGCAUCCACUGCGUGGGCAGUGAGCGGAGACCCAAAGGCAAGAAGGUCCAAAAGCGGCGUUCAAAGGGGGACAGAUGCUACAACUGUGGAGGCUUAGACCACCAUGCCAAAGAGUGUAAGUUACCUCCCCAGCCAAAGAAGUGCCACUUCUGCCAAAGCAUUGACCACAUGGUUGCCAGCUGCCCAAUCAAAGCACAACAGUCUUCACCGGGUUCUCAGGGAAAACUGUUCUCCUCCAAAGGAGACGAGGAGGAGCACAGCCAGCAGGCACCACCUACCGAGACCUCUGAUUAAACACAGGAUCCGA